CGCCUUCUGCCGGCGAAAGGUUUUAUAUACAACUGAAAUUUGCGCAGUCAAAUUGCUAUAAGUCAAAAUAUAGGGUAGUCGGACGGUCCACUCGUGAGUGCGCGUGCGACGGUUUAGUGCGUAAGUGCGUCCCGAAAACCGCGAGAGCAAAUGCUCCCGGAUUUAGUGCCUAUUUAAUUUUUAUCGAUUUAGAGGCAAAUACUUUUUGUGUUACCAUGGGGUGCAGUGCGAGAUACUGUUUACUGGCUCUAUCCUUGUGUCUUGUGACUGAGAAUGCGAUUGGUGUGCGAGUGAUGCCCAAACGGAAAAAAGAAGCCCUGAGCACUGCCGACGACCAGUCAACCUCAGCAUCAUGGUGGCAAGCAGGAACAGCGACUCCAUUCAGAGACAGCUCGAACACCUUCUCCUCCACCCACGGCUUGGUCCAGACACACCCGGGUAUCAAUGACCCCUUCGGGUCUUUCGGAAGCAUUGGAAGCACUAUCGGGCCGUCUUCCAACCCGUUCGCCCAAGCUAGCGGCAGCGGUCCGCUCAGUGGGGGAAUCAGAAACAACCCACUGCCUCCUCUGGCGAGAAAUGUCAAUGGAAAGACCACUCUGAAACAUUUGGACUUCACCAGCAGUGCCACAGCUGAGUUGAGGAGGAACCCAGCGUUGUCUGCUCCUGAUGAGUGCGCGAGAGCUUGCCGAGAGAACGAGCCCCCAAGGAUCUGUUACUACCACUUCACUCUUGAGCUCUACACCGUUUUGGGAGCGGCCUGUCAAGUGUGCACCCCAAAUGCAACCAACGUCGUGUGGUCCCACUGCCAGUGCGUAUUGGCCGAUGGAGUCGAGCGUGGUAUCCUCACCGCCAACAGAAUGUUGCCUGGACCUUCCAUCCAAGUUUGUGAGAACGACAAAGUUGUCAUCGACGUAGAAAACCACAUGGAGGGUAUGGAAGUCACCAUCCACUGGCACGGUAUCACUCAAAGGGGAUCCCAAUACUACGACGGUGUACCUUUCGUUACCCAGUGUCCAAUUCAGCAAGGAAACACUUUCAGAUAUCAAUGGCAAGGUAACGCUGGUACACACUUCUGGCACGCGCACACAGGUCUUCAAAAACUUGACGGUUUAUACGGUAGCAUCGUCGUCCGUCAGCCCCCAUCCAAGGACCCCAACAGCCACUUGUACGACUACGAUCUGACCACCCACGUCAUGCUGAUCAGCGACUGGCUCCACGAAGAUGCUGCUGAGAGGUACCCGGGACGUUUGGCCGUCAACACCGGACAGGACCCCGAGUCUGUGCUGGUCAACGGCAAAGGACAGUUCCGAGAUCCCAACACUGGAUUCAUGACCAACACACCUCUUGAAGUGUUCACCAUCACCCCUGGAAGGAGAUACAGAUUCAGAAUGAUCAACGCUUUCGCGUCUGUGUGCCCAGCUCAAGUCACGUUCGAAGGCCACAACCUCACUGUAAUAGCUACUGACGGUGAACCAGUAUCCCCAGUUCAGGUCAACACAAUCAUCUCAUUCUCAGGUGAACGUUACGACUUCGUUAUCGAGGCCAACAACAUUCCUGGAGCAUAUUGGAUCCAAGUGCGCGGUUUGGGAGAGUGUGGUGUCAAGAGGGCCCAACAGCUGGCCAUCCUUAGGUACGCCAGGGGACCCUACCAACCGUCGACGCAAGCACCGACCUACGACGUCGGCAUUCCACAGGGAGUAGUGAUGAACCCACUGGACGCAAGGUGCAAAAACCCAAGGAACGACGCCAUUUGCGUCAGCCAAUUGAAAAACGCCAGGAACAUAGACCCUGCCAUUCUGCAAGAACGUCCAGACGUUAAGAUCUUCUUGCCUUUCCGAUUCUUCGUAUACAGGCCAGAGAUGUUGUUCCAGCCUAACACCUACAACCGGUACUUAGUGGCCCCGUCUGGCGAUCAUGUUAUCAGUUUGAUUGAUGAAAUAUCCUACAUGUCUCCUCCCGCACCGCUCCUCAGUCAGUAUGACGACAUUAACCCUGAACAGUUCUGUAACGGAGACAACCGACCGGCGGACUGUGGACAAAACUGCAUGUGCACCCACAAAGUCGAUAUACCCCUCAACGCUGUAGUCGAAAUCGUACUCGUAGACGAAGUUCAAAUUGCAAACUUAUCUCAUCCGUUCCACUUGCACGGAUACUCAUUCAACGUGAUCGGUAUCGGCCGGUCGCCUGACCAGAACGUGAAGAAAAUCAACUUGAAGCACGCUCUUGACCUCGACAGGAGAGGUCUGCUCGAGCGUCACCUGAAGCAAGGGGACCUGCCUCCCGCGAAGGACACCAUCGCCGUCCCCAACAACGGAUACGUCAUCGUUCGUUUCAGAGCCAACAACCCCGGCUUCUGGCUGCUCCACUGCCACUUCCUCUUCCACAUCGUCAUCGGCAUGAGCCUCGUGCUCCAAGUCGGCACGCAAGCCGACAUCCCUCCCGUCCCUCCCAACUUCCCCACUUGCGGAGAUCACCUUCCCCCGAUCUCGCUCAACUAAUUAGGUUCCUAGAACAUUUUUCAGUUCUGUAUGUGCAAAAACAAGUACAGUAGUUGAUUUAUUAUGUUAACUAAGUGUAAAUUUAUGUUUGUUUUGUGUGAUGUGAUCGGCGAUAUCGAAGUGCUCGAUUUCGCCAUUUGUGUUUAUUUUAUAUUAGAAUGAUUCCAUGGGAGUUAAUGACGGUUUGUGAUUUUAUUUAACGAUGAUGAUGCCUAAUUCUUUGAGAUUACUCAAAUAUCAUUUAAAUGCCAUAUACGGUGAUAUUUUUGUAAUAAUAUUGAUGAUAUCGCCUUUAAUUCGCAUAAUGUCCUAUGAGGCUCUUUGUAUCGUUUCUUCUUCGCAUACCGAAAGGUAUUUUUCCACAGACUUUGUUCUGUAACUAACAACUUGCCAUUUAUAUUUUUUCACCAAGGAUAUUUAUUACGUGUAUAUAUUUAAAUCUUCCUUCUAACUGUCUAGAUGUUUAAGUUUGAACCUGAUACUAACCCAAUGCAUGCUUCAAAAUUUAGAUAACUUAGUGAAUGUAAAUAACUGAAUACUGCAAUACAUGUAAAUACACGAUAAUGUAGUUUGACUACACCGCGACAUUUUCCGUAACUUUUGAAGACUGUAUAUAACUAUGUGUAGAGAAUAGAAUAAUAUCUCCAUAAUAAUAUAAUGUUACCACUCCAGGUUACCAUUAUAAUUUAAGAACUAAGAAUGUAAUAUUAAUUCUACAAGUUAUGAUGAUGCCUCUAACCUAAUCUACAGAAUCUUGUUCUAUCAUGAAUUAUUUAGUCCUAGUCUAAGAAAAUGUCACAUACUUUUUUAAACAGUCAAUCGAACGUGUAUAAUAAUUAUCUAAACAAAGUAUUGCUAUGGCUGCUAUAACGUUAGCAGUGAAUAACAACAUUUUUGAUAUGGUCAAUAUUUUAAGGACAUUAAAUUUUUUAUACCAUUCAAUAAAACUUAUAUAAUA